AUGCCAGGGUCGUCGACACCGCCAGUACCUCCAGAGUAUGACGAAGGGAGAGCAAAGGUGACGGUAGCUUCCAACGUCUUCUUUAGUCAGCACCAGGAGCUCCAGCGCGACAUGACGGUGCUCCUGCUGCAACAUCUCCAAGCUAAAGCAGCAUCCCCAUCAACACAUCUCCGUAUCCUUGACGCGUUGUCGGGUUGUGGAAUCCGCGCCAUUCGGUAUGCCUUGGAAGUCCCGCGAGUGGUGUAUGUGGUAGCCAACGACGUCGACGCUGAUGCUGUCGCAUCCAUCGAAGCCAACGUUCUCCAUAACCACGUCAUACAUGUCGUCCAGACAUCUCAUAUGGAUGCCGUCGAUUGCAUGUGGAAGGCGGCAAGGACUACCAAGUUUGACGUGAUCGACCUGGAUCCGUUCGGAGCGUGUGCGUCCUUGCUAGCCAGCGCCAUCGCCACUGUCUCCAGCGGCGGCCUCAUUUGCGCCACGGACACCGACAUGCAUACGCUUCUUGGCAAGACAUCUCAUGCGCAUGCCACGUGUCACGCCCAGUACGGCGCCGUGCCGGUCACCGCCGCGUACGGCAAAGAACUAGCGAUUCGCAUCAUCUUGGGCGCGGCAGCUUCGUUGGCUGCGGCGCACCAUCGAGUCAUCGAGCCAGUGCUGUGCACUGCUGUGGAAUUCUACGUCCGAUUGCAUUUUCGAGUGCACAACGUGCCACCUAACGCUCCAGAACCAGCAUCGUUGGCCAUCGUCCAUCAAUGCAUUCGGUGUGCGUACUUUCGACUGCGCCCCCUUGGGCAUACAAACUCUAACGACGGUAGCUGCGACAACGACAAUGGGGACUCUGUCGCAUGUCCUGUCUGUGGUAGUUCGCUGCAGAUUGGCGGGCCAUUAUGGACAGGCCCGCUUCAAGACAAGGAUGCGAUUGCUUCCAUCAUAACAACGGAGACAUGUGCUUCCACAGCUCAGCCAUCGCCUGCGACAAGCCUCCUGCGAUCAAUACAUCGAGAAUUGAUGGACAGUACAGACGACGACUUGGUGUUGUUCAUCUCGAUGCCAAAGCUCUUUCGACCGUUCAAAGCCAUAUUGAAAGCCACGCCUUCGAAGCAAACGUUUCAAACGGCGUUGGAGACACUUGGGUACGCGACCACAACGACCCACUUGGACCCCAUGGGCAUCAAGACCAAUGCAAACAUGAUGGUAGUGUACAGUGUCGUGGUCACCUGGCUUCACGCCCACGGCUGUGCCAACACUGCUCCCAUUCUGCCCAAACCCAAUGUUCACUUUGCCCCACCGGUCAAGUGCACAGUCGACCACACGUGGCAGCGUCCUGACGCUCGUUCCACGGGAAGCAACGAUGUGAUAGGUCAAACUUUUCACGUGAGUGCCGUCGAUGCACUCACGGCAACCCUGGCCCUAGCCCGCCCACAUGAUUGCGUAAUCCUUCACGGACACCGCUACGUCUUGACGUCGCCGCUGCUCAUCCCAUCGCACGUCACGUUGCAAGGACGAAUGUCGUCGGGUGACGAUUCGCGUCCAGAAACCACAUUGGUCGGCCAAGUGGUGGUGCGCGCCGCGUCGCAUGUGACCCUUCGGCACUUGCAUGUCCAGUACCCCGCCGCCCCAUCUCACAUCGUCACCCCUACCACCACCGACGCUCAACCCCUCUCCAAGCGCCCAGCUCGUGUCCACCCAGUUCUGAUUACGUCAUCCUCCCAUGUUCAACUUGAUCGAUGCCGCGUCUCAUGCGCGCGACGCGCGGCCGUGCUGGCGUGCGUGGGCAUCGUCGACGGAUCGGCGUCCAUCACGCUCAUGAGAAGCACCAUCCAUGCAGGCCCGCAAGCCGGGGUGUGUGUCGCAGGCUGUGGCGUAGACGUGCAAAGUGGCAGUUCAUGCCACGUUGUGGGCACGCGCGUGGCAGAUUGUGGCAAGAGCGGGCUGUUUGUCCACUCGUUUGGCAGUGUUAGGGUGGAACAGUGUCACAUGGAUCGCAACGGCAUGGCGGGGGUCGAAGUAACCACCCAUGGAACCGCGUGGCUUGUUCGAAAUGUGCUCAGCCGCGGAAAGAAGGGCGGAAUGCUCGUGCACUCGGGCGGGCGCGUGGACUUGGCCGACGCGAACGUCGUGACUCGAAAUGCGCUGGCUGGCGUAGAUGUGCGGGGCGUGGGCAGUAUGGCCGUGUUGAGACGGAAUCACGUGUGCAAUGGGCGGGCGAGUGGGGUGUUCGUGUCCGACGACGGACAUGUCGAGUUGCAUCGUAAUGUGCUCGUGGGCCACAAGCGAGCGGGAAUUGAAACGAAUGGCGACGGCGACGCGGUUGUCUAUACCCGCCAAGGACAUGCCGAAGCGAAGAACGAGAUAAGCGGCAACGGCAUACCCGUGCUAGGCGCGACAAGGGAUGUCAUGCAAGCAGGGAUGCCGAUGGAAGGCAUGGAUGAUUGA